AUGCUCUCCCCCACCGUUCACCACCAGAUGGCAACCGCGCCCGACUACCACGACGACCAGCGGUCUGCCAAACGCCCUCGCACAGACUCUAUGUGCGAGGGGCUGCGUCCUUAUACCAUUGCAAACCCAUCGGUAAACUCGGAGGCUGACAAUGCCGACGGAUCGAAGAGAAACAGGAAGCGUCCACUUUCAUGCGGAGAAUGCAGGAGGUCUGUUCACCUUGACCGCUAUUGGCGUACAGGACACUCACAAACACGAUCGGGCGUAAAGAUUGAAGCUCAAGUGCGAUCGUAUGGUGCACUGACUGGAGGAAAGGGCAGCAGAUUCAUUCUGGCAAACACGGAGCAAUUGCACGAAAAGAUAAAGAUAAUGGCAGAACGCAUACGCCAACUUGAAGAUGCACUACAGCGCAUACAAUCGGAGCACUCCACAGAACCCCAUCCUCUCAUGCGACAAGAACUGCUGGCUAUUAAAAAAUCGCCGGAGCUUUUUACAACGGAACGAACCUCGCACACAGGCAGUGAUGUAAAUCGUCGAGACGAAGGCGAUAGCCCUGGCGCUGGUUCUUCAACAAUGCCGGAUGCCGGGGAGGAGCCCGAGUACAUCUCAUCAAUGACUGCUAUCACAUCCCUUGGCUUACCAGCAGACAUUGCAAAAUUGAGCAGUGCCUGUCCAAUGUCUCAGUCAAUCAACUCAGAGUUGAAUCCUCACCUACGACAACGCAUCCGUGACAUGCUUCCUUCGCGUUCAGAAGGUGAACGUCUAUGCGAUCAAGCACGAACCAAUGCGUUUUGGCAUUUCUGUCCAGAUGCGGGCGAUACCUGCAUACCAAACCUCAUUCACAGCGUUUACACGACCCCCCUCUCUGCCCUCAUGCCCCAUCGGCUCAGUCUCUUUUUCAUGAUCUUGGCAAUUGGAAAUGCCGUUGACCUCCACCCAAACUACGACCCAGAUGCUGCUGAACGAUAUCAUCACCUUGCUCGAGCAGCGUUAUGUGAGACUGCGAUCAUCGAUGAUCCAAGCUUCGAUGCAGUCACUACUCUAUUCUACAUGAUAUGGUAUCUUCUUGUCUUUUCUAAUCACAAGAAAGCUGUAGAGCACGCUUGGGGUCUCAUGGGACUGUUGGCGAAGUUAGCCCAGAGUCUUGGUCUCCACCGCGACGGAGUGGGGAAGAUGAUCCCUGAGGAGAUGGACAGGCGGAAGGUUUUGCUAUGGAACAUCAUGGCCGUUGACGUCCGCUUGGCACUGAUGCUUCGUCGGCCUCCGUCAAUAUGUUCGCGCCAUGUCGAUGUGAAGCGGCCUUCCUUGAGCUCCUUGAGCGACCCUCAAUACAACGUCAGCUCUGCUUACCAUGAUUGGAGGGAUGCAUUCCUAGUGCAGUGCCAAUAUCCGAUACUGGAGCUGAGCAUAUCACCGCAGCCCCCGUCGUACUUGGACGUUCUCGCUCUUGAUGCAAAGAUUAGAGAUUAUGAGAUACCGACCGCGCUGCGAAUGGUCGACAACGAUGGCGUGGUACCUAACCACCCCACGGGCAUGCAGCAAGCUCUGACGCUCUGCACGCGUGAGAUUGCCAUUCUGAACCUGCACCGAAGCUACUUCACAGAGGCCCUCCGAGUGAAUGAGGGGUUCACGGUAAAGCACAAGUAUGCGCCCUCAGUGUUGGCUACAUACACAAGCUCGUGCAAUCUGUUCUGGGCAAUCAAUACCUGCUACAAAUGGGAUCCGGACUUGACCGUGCGCAUUUCCAUGAUUUGGUCCAAUUGCCUAUCUGCUGCUGUCGCACUUUGUCUUCUACUCGGCCGCGCUCCGAGCUCUCCCUUUUCGCCACAUGCACUCCAAGAAUUAGACAAGCUGCGCGUAUUGUUCAACGAGAUUCGUGACCGUUGUCAAAGCGUCGCAAGAUCUCUACCGGCACUGGAAUCAUGCGUGGCGAAGGUGCGGAUGGCAUACGUGAACUGGUGCAAUGGGUCAAUAGACAGCUGGGUCGAUCCGUGCACCGACGAGGUUGGUAUGGUCGCCAAACGAGCGGGGCUUGUCCCCGCUGAAGAGCCCCACACGAUACCACUGACAGAAGCGAAUCCGUUUGAACACGCACAUUCCUCGCUGCGGCGGUGUUACGAAUCCUUCAUUACGGAAGUGCCGUCCACGUUCAUCGAUCCGUUCCCGGGCCAACUAGAGUCAUCGCUGCGCAUCGGGAUGGCACAAACGUACAACACCUCUGCCGAGCGAACGGCACAAGUGGGGGAGGGGCUUGCCGUACCGAGCAGCAACGAGAGCACCACAGCGAGUGCGGCGUUUAAUCCGAGCUACAUGGCGACAGAGUUCCUGGAUAACAGCUGGAUGAGCUGGUUUUAG